AUGUUUUUGCAAAACUUGCAAAAAUUUUGCAAGUUUUGCAUUUUUUUGCUUGGCUUUGCCAUUUUUUUUUACUGGCCUUGCAGUUUUUUUUUUGCAGAGCCUUGCAGUAUUUUUGCCGUCCCAAAAAGUUCUCCUGACUUUUUAUAUGAAAAUACUAAUUUUUUAAAUAUGUUUACCUUAAAAUGAGAAGAACGCAUCAAUUUAAUUUUGCUGCAUAUAUUAAUUCUCACUCCCCCUUUAAAUUGGAACAAAAAUUUUUUUUUGUUAGAAAAAAAUAUCACUUAA